CGGAAGUGUUGUCAUUUGCGUCAUUCAUACAGGUUGGAGAGACAGUUUCUUUUCAGAGGUGCGGCUGUGACGCUAGAGGAACCUUGACCCUGUUUCGGGAGUUCUUGCCAUGGAGUUGGCCCAUAGUCUCCUGCUCAAUGAAGAUGCCCUUGCUCAAAUCACAGAGGCGAAACGCCCCGUGUUCAUCUUUGAAUGGCUCCGCUUCCUGGAUAAGGUUCUUGUUGCAGCAAAUAAGGUUGACGUGAAAGAGAAACAGAAAAAGCUCGUGGAGCAGCUGACCGGAUUGAUCAGCAGUGCGCCUGGACCCCCCACGAGGAAACUGCUGGCCAAAAACCUAGCAACCCUCUACAGCAUCGGUGACACCUUCACUGUCUUCCAGACACUGGACAAAUGUAAUGACAUCAUCAAAAGCAAGGAUGACACACCUGCCUACUUGCCCACUAAACUUGCUGCGGUGGCCUGUGUCGGGGCCUUCUAUGAGAAGAUGGGUCGAAUGCUGGGAAGCUCCUUUCCAGACACCAUUAACAAUCUCCUGAAGGCGUUAAAGAGUGCAGAGUCUCAGGGCAGGGGUGAAAUCCUCAUCAGCCUUCAGAAGGUGCUGAAUGGGCUGGGAGGGGCUGCAGCCUCCUGCCACAGAGACAUCUACAAGAACGCUCGCUCCCUCCUCACAGACAGGUCCAUGGCUGUGCGCUGUGCUGUUGCUAAGUGUCUGCUGGAGCUGCAGAACGAGGCCGUGUUCAUGCGCACCACUGAGCUGGAGAACGUGGCCACGCUCUGCUUCAAGGCCCUGGAGGGCUCCAACUAUGGGGUGCGUGUGGCCGUGUCCAAGCUGCUGGGCUCUGUGAUGGCCACAGCCCUGAUGCCAAGCAAGCUGCAUGUGGUUCCUGCAGUGAUGCGUCAGAACGUGAAGAGAGCCUCUCUGGAGGAGGUGCUGGAGCUGCUGGCCACCGGGUUCCUGCGCGGGGGGUCGGGCUUCCUGAAGAGUGGGGGAGAGAUGCUGAAGGGGGGCGGCUCUGUCAGCAGGGAGGUGCGGGUGGGAGUCACUCAGGCCUACGUGGUGUUCGUGACCUCGCUGGGCGGGCAGUGGCUGGAGCGUAACUUUGCCACCUUCCUCCACGUCCUGGACUUGGUGUCCCACCCGCGGGCCACGCAGACGCACGUGGAGGCGGUGUACUCCCGGCGCUGCGUCUCCUUCAUGCUGCGCGCCACGCUGGGCGGACUCAUGGGGGAGAAGGCCCAGAUCGCUGCCGGCAAGGAACUCUGCCAGGCUAUCAGCAAGCAGAUGAGGGCUGUGGAGGCAGUAGUGAGUGACACCAGUGGAGAGAGCAAGGCUGGGCUAGCUGAUGUUUCGGCCAGUCAGCACGUCAUGGUCUGUGCCCUUAAAGAGCUGGGCAGCCUCCCAGCUGAGCUGCAGGGUGUCCAGGAGGGCGUCAGGGCCCUGGAGGGCCUGGUGGCCAUGGGAGACGAACAGAACCGAGUGCAGCUCCUGGCUCUGCUGGUUCCCACCUUGAUCUCCUACCUGCUGGACGAGAGCGACUUCACCUCCGCUCCCCAGACCUCCAAAGGGCUGCAUGACUUCGCCCUGCAGAACCUGAUGCGGAUCGGACCACUCUACCCCGCCGCCUUCAAGACUGUGAUUGGAGCAGCCCCUGAGCUGAAGACCCGCCUCGAGGCGGCCGUCCGGGCCAAUCAGGCGAGCAGCAAGGCCAAGGCAGCCGCUAGGCAGGCCCCGCCCACUGUGCAAGCUGCUCCCACCAUCAAGCUGAAGACCAGCUUCUUCUGACCUCUCUCUGACUCUCUUCCUGUUUGGUGAUGCAGUAGUUUUUUUUGUUUUGUUUUUUUAUCUGCUGUUGGUUUUGUCAGUCUCCUGUAAUUAUUUAUUAUAGAACAAAAUGUACUUCUCUCUGGAGACGAAAGGCAUCUACACUGAAAUAUAAUUUGAAGGCUCUUUUAAUGUAGACUGUAGAGUCAUUUGAAUGUAUGGUAGAGUCAUUUGAAUGUGCUGUUUUGGUUUGAGAUGUGGAAUAUGUAAAGGGAUGUAAGAGGCAUGGCAUCUCAUUAGAUUCUCGUUAUUUGCAUUCCUUCUCGUUAUUCCUAAACCUAGUUGUUUGGGGCCGGGUUAAAAAUGUUAUGAGGUCGUGCUUCAACAUGAACAUGCUCUAGUUGUUGUCUAUUUUCCAUGCUAGUAUGCAAUCAUGCGUGAACUUCGAAUGACGGUUGUUUGUUUAAGAAUGUUUUUAUUACCUCGUGAGGUAUCAAGGUAGCGUCAAACUUCAUGUCUGUUAACCCUCAAGAAUGUUACGUUUUAUCCAUUCCACCACAGCAUGGGACUUCUCAAUCUCGUUCUGAAAAAUGAGAUUUUCUAAUCAAGAGGUUAAUAAAGAAAUUCUUAUUUCGUCCUUAUGGUUUGUAAAUAUUGUUUAGGAAGGAUUAUUGUUGGGGACCAUUAGUAGAAGUAUCAAGUCGUGAGAAAUACGUUGUUUUGCCGAUGUUAUCAAAAGAUUAAACAACUUUUUUUCGUUUUCUCCCUUGUUGAGUUCAUGUAUAUCUUGCAAACCUUCCAGAUUACUUAAAUUACUUGUAUUCUGCUACUAUGAUUAAUUCGGGACCAUCUAAUAAAUCUUGCAAAGAGACAUUUGAAAAGAUCAAUAAAGUAAUCAAGGCA